AUGUCUCAUUCUGAAGGUCCGUUACGACCAAGGUUGCGCCUAAAUAUGAAAUGGCUGAAAGUAAAUCUAAAGGAUUCGUUCACAAGGGAUGGUCUUAACAGCUUAUGGAAUGAAUUAGUAAGAAAUGAUGAAGUUAACAGAACAGAUGCUUGUUCAGAUACACGUUUAAACAGUUCAGGUGCCAUAGCAAGGAAAGGAAAAUCUGGUCACUUCUAUUGUGGACGUCGUGUUUUAACAUGUACAUGCUGCGACGGCUUUUGUGGGCCUAAUGAUGGAUGCAACUGUGGACCUUGUCGCCGAUUAGAUGGAGAAGAUAUAGAGAAACAAAGUCCCAUAACAUUAGAUGUGAAUAAAGUAAUUGACUCCUGGACUUGGGGUGAAAAGCCUGGAAUAGAUGAAUUAAAAGAUUUAAUUAAACAAAUUGUUAGAGAGCAACAGCGGUUAUGCGGUAAUGCUGCUAAUAAUACGCCGUCAUCUAACAGAAUUUAUCAGCGAAUGGUAGUUUUCGAACGUUACUAUACUGCGCAAAUGCAUAAUUUUCACAAUCGUAAACCAGCGAAAUUGCCCAAGGCUGAAAUAUCGGAUGCUUCGAACCAUGCAUGGAUUUCCAACGCCUUCAAUGACUCCAAUCAAGAUACAUCGAGCAUGAGCUUACUAACUCACGUUGGUACUCGAAUGGGAUUGUCUUUUAUGUUUGCUUUUCUUCGCAGGACGUGGCGAAGUGGCGAAGACGUUGAUGUCUGUAGUGAUUUCUUACAAGAGAGCUUGCAUAUACUGACGUCGCUGCCUGAUAGUUGUCUUUAUAAAUCAACUCACCAUGAUAAUCGUUGGAACGACGCUGUUGAAAUGACAAUGAAGUUUUUUACCUCUAUUAUAUUAAGUGAUGAUAGAACAACGAAAUCAACUUUACAUAUUCCGGCUGAUGAUUUGUCUACAGCAUUACUUAUAAUUUUUGAAUUGGCGAUGAAGCGUGCUUCUCUACAGGGUCUUUUACAAGGAGUUUUAAUACUUCUACGGUUAUGGGAAAGAAGUAGAUCAAGUACGAAAAAUUGGAAAAGGGCCCCUGUAGUACCUCUGCUUUAUCGGCUUCAGAAUAUUUCUAUGAAAAAGGAUGAACACUCUAAGAACAUUACAGAGGUCUCUGAUUCUGAAAUUGUCAGUCCAACGGAUUGUUUUCUUCGAUUUUUGUCUUUGCCAAAAGAUGAAAGAUCUCUAAUAGAUUUUCGCCAAGCAGCUGUUAUAAUUUUAUCGUAUUUAGAUAAAAUUUCUGAGCCUAACAGACCAACCGCGGAGAACUAUCAGCUCUCUACGCCAAAGACAGAGGUUUUAGGAUGGGGAAAUAUCAAUUGGUUAGGUGGAGAAAGCAACGAUGGAAGUCUAAAAAUUUAUGAGACUGUUGCUGAGUUGGGUAUCAAGCAGAUUAUGUGCUCUUCAGACAAUAUUAUAGCGCUUACUAAUAAUGGCAGAGUUUAUUCCCUGGCUUAUAAUGCUCGUUGUGAGGCUCCUGUUUUACUCGAUUCACUUAUUGAUAUCAAGAUUAAAAAAAUUGCAGCAAACGUGGAAGGAGAACAUUAUCUAGCUCUGUCGUCGGAUGGUUGCGUUUAUUCUUGGGGAUCUGGAGAUGGGGGUCGUCUAGGUCAUGGGGACAUUAGACGAGAACCAGAACUAGUUAAAGAAUUAGUUAACAAAAAGAUAACACAGAUCGCUUGCGGAAGUACAUACAGUGCAGCGGUAACGUCAAAUGGAGAGUUAUACACAUGGGGUCGCGGAAGCUAUGGAAGACUUGGUCAUGGUAACAGCGAAGAUCGUUUACUGCCUACUUUGGUAGCCGGUCUUAGUGGGUCUCAUGUGGUAGAUGUUGCUUGUGGAAGUGGUGACGCCCAUACGUUGGCAAUAGAUAAAGACGGUAUCGUGUGGUCAUGGGGUGAUGGAGACUAUGGAAAGCUUGGACGUGGAGGUAGUGAUUGUUGUAAGGUCCCAAAGGUAGUCGAGACUUUAAAACAUCAUAACAAAUAUAUCGUAAAUGUGCUUUGUGGGAGCCAGUUUUCUGUUGCACUGGGUAAGGAUGGUACAGUGUGGACUUGGGGAAAAAGUGAUGGUUAUCGAUUAGGUCACGGUACUCUUGAUCAUGUUAGAUAUCCUAAGAUGGUAGAAGGGCUGAUUAAUUAUCAUAUAGUUGACAUUGCUGUUGGUCCUUCUCACUGUUUGGCUCUUACCGAUAAUUGCCAAAUUUUUACUUGGGGUAGUGAUGUUCAAAAGUAUGCAUUAAGUUCUGAUAAUUACAAUAUGGAACCUACAUGCAUUUCUGCAAUAAAUAAGGAGUUCAUUGCUGGAGUCGCGUGUGGCCCCGCACAGAAUUUUUUAUGGACUUCUGGUGGUAAACUAGAGAUUGAAACGCAUUUGCCUUACUGUUUAGAGGUUUCUAGCGGAACAUUUGAGAAACUAAAUCAGUUAAUAGCAUUAGUUCAUGAUGGAUUAGAUGGGUCUUGUGAUUGGCCACCGCCUUCACAACAGCAAGAAUGUAUUGCUGUUGCAGCUUUAAAUCUGUUAAGACUGCAGUUGCAUGCUGCGAUUACCAAUGGUGUACCUGGAAUUGAAAUUGGUUUAGAUCCUCAGGGUAACUUACUUGGAUCCUUACGACAACAUUUGAUCGAUAUGGCAUCAAAUCAUGGGGUUCUUACUACUGUCCAAAACGCAGCUCAAUUAGUUCUGCAGACUGGCUGGCCUUUGUUGUUACCAAUUGCUGAAGGAAGAGGAAGAUCGUUAACGGAUAUAAUUAUAGAUGCAGGAUUAUCAAAGAACUGCGGUAGCGGACGCUGCUUUAUGAUUAACCUAUUGGUUAAUAGCUUAAUUGCUAAUGGGAUAGAAAAUAUUCUGGAAUCUGCAAUAUCUGUGGUUACGUUAGCAUUAAGUAGUAGAUUUGAUGAGCAAUUUAUAGAGCACUUAGCUAUUACCGAUGACGAAAAGCACUCGAACGAUAGUGAAGUUAUUUAUUGCAAUAGUAUCCUCUUAGCUCUGAGCAAACAUCUUAUUCAUAGUUUAUCAGACAUCGUUAUAAGCGAUAUGGUAAUAUUAUCGACGGAUUCUUGCAAAGAUAGAAAGGAAUUGCAACGCUAUGACAUUAAAGUAGCUGUAAAUCUUCUAAAUCAGUUACAGCGGAAAUCCUCUGCAAAAAAUAGGGAACUUCAUGCUGCGCUCAUGCUAUUGGAUUAUUAUCUUACGAGCUUAUCAGCCAGUGCUUGCAAAAUAUUUAGGAAAGCUGUUCAAAUCUUGAAAGAGGAGGAGCAGUUCUAUGGAGGAAUUAUUGAUCUCCUAACUAAGAGUGCUAUUGGUGUUUUGUUGCCCGAAUUGGUAAUAGAUCUACUAUUGUUACAGUCCCGUGUUCCGGAUAAAAUAUCAAAGUUAUCUGAAGUAACCUCCUUAAUUACUUUACUCAACGUCCUUGAUGAAUUUAAUUUGCUUGCAUCCGAUAUAUCAAAAGAAGAUGAAAGUGAUAUGACAUGGCCUGAAGUCUUGGUUAUCAGUGAGGAACUUAAAUAUAAUGAAGAUGUUCCAGUAAUACGGCUAGAAGAUAUUGAAAAUCAUAACAAAGAAGGUGGCGUAUGGACCAUUAUUAAUGGCAGAGUUUACGAUUUAAGUGAAUUCAUGCUACAAGCUCCCUGUUCGGAAGAGAAAUUGAAUCAGUACGCAGGUAAGGAUGCUACGGAAGUAUUUGAUAGCGCGGGCCACUCAGAAGAAGCAAAAGCUCUGAUGCAAGCUUUCUUUGUUGGGUUAUAUGCUGAGCCAGAAAACAUCGUGAAAUGUCGCGGAGUUCAGCCUGUUUCAUUGAUAUUUCUAGAUACGGAAAGGGCUCUAGGUCGUUUGUUAGGCUUACACGCGUGUUAUUUAUCAAAGAGUGGUAUAUUGACGCCGGAGGAGGAAUGCUAUGGGCCAUUACUAUCUUCAGAGUUUUUUAAAGGUGGGAUGAAUGAAUCCGUUCAUUCGAAUGCAGGAAAUACAUCUAGUACGGAAAACAAAGUAGAUGGCCCAUCUACUCUAUUUCUAACAGCCCUAGCGAAUGGACAUACCAAUGAAACGCAAGUAAAAAUAUUCGAUAACUUAAUUACUAAUUACUGUCAACGAAAACAUUUGAUUACUCCAAUGUCGUUAACCGGCGAUCAUCCACUGGAGCGUUGUGGAAAGAUCUUAUUGGCUUGUUUAAUAAAACAUCUUGGCCUUACACCAUUAACGCUUGCAAUAAUACAGAGGGAGCAAAUAUCUAUGACGGAAGAAUCUGAUAGAUUUGAAGGGAAGACAGCUAAUAAUUCCGUUGGCUGUAUGAAUGAAUUACCAACAGCUCUUGGAGAAAUUUGCAAGAUUGUUUAUCGUGCUAAAUGUGCAAUUAUUAGAGCUCAUCAAGAGUCAUCUUGUUCAUAUGAUGAGAUAUGCUCCACAAUCUUGGAGCGCUGUGAAUUUGUGUUAAACGAUUUACGGCCUGCAGUCCUAGGUAACAAGCAGCUAACAUCUCCCAAUCGAAAAACUAAUAGUUGCUCGCGUUGGAAAAAGAUUUAUUCUAAAUUAAAAUCCAAAGGCCCCAUCAAACCUAACCAUGAACAGGAUAAAAAUAUCUCCGAAUGCGACGUUGAUACAAAACAUAGCUCACAAACUGAAGAAAAAGUAGCAAUAGAAACAGAGAUGGCGCCCAUAUAUAAGGAAUCAAGUCUCGAUCUCAUUAGUGCUGAAAGCAUAUUAGCUGGAAAGUACAAAUGGCUUCAUCAAUUAGUUUCGACCGGAACCACAAGUCAAGAAUACUUGUCUAGAAGUAUCGUCAGCUUCGUUUUAUCUGAAGAUAAAGUUGAUAUUACCAAGCUUAGAUUUUGCUUAAGGCAACAGAUGAACAGAAUUGAGGAACGGCUGAAAGGUUCAGCGCUAAUGCUGUCUAUUCUGGCGCAAGACCAACUUAUAAAUUCUGUUAAGUUUAGCUCGUUAAGUGGUUGGCAGGGUAUCCCUUUGCAUAAUUCCUACAACAAGAUGGUGAUAACACAUAGCUUCGUAAAUACGGGUUUAGCUCCGCCGCGGUAUCAUCUUGACCUGCAAGAUAAACUUGAGAAAAUUCACGACUGGACAAUAAAUAGUUUAAAGGACAGUAUACUUGGUUAUUAUACUGCUGUAGAAAAGACUCAGAUGGGUGCUGCUUCUUCGGCAGAUGUUACGACUCCCGAUGUUCUCUCUCAUUUUCGAUAUAUAUUAAGCUAUUUCAGCAUUCUCUCUUCCGAAUUAUAUUCGAUUGACUUAAGCCUUUGCUUAGAUUCAGGUGUUUUAGCACUCACUCAGUCUAUUCUUAAUUCCCUGGGACCGCAGCUGUCCAACAAUGAUAAAGAGGUUAACGAAAAUGCUGUUGCAGCCGUAGAAGAGAACGUUAUUGCAUUUCGUCCUUCUGUUCCCAUCAACUUAUCUGGCCCUGAGAUGGCAAAAUUAAUGACCAAAGGAACUAGAGUAGUUCGUGGUCCAGAUUGGAAAUGGGGAGAUCAGGAUGGAGGACCCACCGGCUUAGGAACUAUUGUAGAUGAACUUGGAGAUGACGGAUGGAUUCGUGCUCAAUGGGAUAAUGGUAAUACAAACUCAUAUAGAAUGGGAAAAGAAAGCAAGUACGAUCUAAAGUUAGCGCAGUCUAGCAUUGGUGGAAACAUCACUGAUGAAGAAGAAGAGGAAGCGCACAGCAGGGAUAGUGGGGACUUGAGAAAAAAGCAUUCCGAUAGUGUAAAGGAUUUAAUACAUAGAUCAUGUUUAAAUCUACUUCGGAUAAUUUCUAUCUCUACCGGUAUUUUUGCCGAUGUCAUUCCAUAUCGAUCUGUGCGAAUGGUUUGUUCUUUAAUAGGCUCUAUUGUCGAGAACAAUUUCCAUUUUGACUGCGGAUUGUUCGAUCAACAAAAAACAUCGGCUCAAUCUUGGGCUUCGUUAGGCUUUAUACGCAGUAUUGCAGUAUCUACAUCAAUGUGUAAGGCUUUAAGCUCUCCAAAAAAUGUACGACUAAUUCUUACGAUGGUGAGAGGAAAUUCUAAUGGGCCUAGUUUACAAAGUCUGAACAAUAUUACCAUUUCCUCGAAUAGUAUAAUUCGACAGAUAUUAAGUAUCCGCCUACUGAAGAGUUUGUUGCCAUCAUUAAAUUCUGAAGUUGAAAAUGAAGUUGUACGUUGCCUUGUUGAGAAUAUUUUCAGUCUACUUGGAAAUGUGCUCUCCUACGAAGGAGAUAGCUCUCAUUUGAUCGAUAUUUCACAAUCGCGCAAGCGCAGCAAGAAACCUGUAGCUUCGUUGUCCGCAUUAUAUAAUACGACAAUAGCGGAAGAAUUAGUCUCAUUAAUCAGAUCUUUGCACUUUUUACCAUACUGGAAUAUUCACAUCAACAAUUUUAUAUGCACGAAAUUAAGUAUGGUUCCUGUCGCUCUCGAGAAAAGUGUUACAUUGAAUGUUUCAGAGCCAGAUUCGGAAGAUAAAAAAAGUGUAACUAUUAUGGCUUUGGCAGCAUUAUCGGUGAUUGGUGGAGUAGAUUGUCGGAUACGACUGGGAGGAACAGUUGUUCAUUCUGAGCAUGGGAAGGGUACCGUGAAACGUAUUGCAUCAUCUGGAAAAAUUACUGUUAUGUUCCAUGAUAAGAAAGAGUCUCGUAGCUGCUUCUUAAACCGUUUGAAAACGCAACCAAUGCAGGUCUUCAGCAUUGAACAAUUUUUUGUCACCGAAGCAACUUCAAAUGCAUGGAUGACACUCCUAAAGUUAGUUAUUUCAGAAAAAAAUUUUACAGAAAGUGAUGGCACUAUUAGUGGAGUGCGUGAUUUGUCACCUCACGAGCUUACACGUACUCAAAUUUGGAUGGCUUUACUGAAAUCUUUAAAAGUAUUAUUUGGUGCACGUGAUUAUUUUCGACGACUGCUAAUGCAAGGUCUCGUAGAUAAUACUAACAAACAGUUGGAAGAUGUGCAAGGAACGUUCCUGUUACAGCAAUUUCUUGAUACAGCGAUUGUCCCAUUACCAAUUAAAGCUACGUUUAACAGAGACGAAAUUGAGGCUGCCUUACUAUCUGUGUGCCAUUGUUUGGCUAGUAAAGUUUUUAAAAGGAAUAAAUUAUCUGCUGAUAAAAUAGCAAAUCGUAAUAGAGCUGUGGUUCAUAGAACAACUAACCGUAAGAAUAGUAAUGAAGCUCCGCCAUCGAAUAUAAGUAAAAAGUUAAUGGAAAUGGGAUUUUCAAAAUCCAAAGUAGAAAUGGCCUAUUCGGCUAUAAAUGACGUCGAUAGAUUAGCAGACAGUAGACGAGGAAAUCUGAUUGAAGCCCUGGUUAACUGGUUAAUUGAACAUGGAAACAUUGCUCCUGAUGGGAAAUCAAGUUCUGAUUCUACUGAUUCCGAUUCCAGUUAUACAGCAUUUGAAAGCGAGUCAACUGCAGAAACGAUAGAAAGUUCGGACGACUCUGAUACUAAAGCAUCCAGAUUAAUUGAAAUACGUAAAUUUUUAACGAGAUCAGAUUUUGAAAAUUCCGAUGAUUAUGCUCGGUAUAUACGAACUAAUGUGCAAAUUGGAAUGAAAGUCCGCUGCAUAGCCGAUUUUGAGGAAGUUAAAGAAGGAGAUAUUGGAAGACUGGACUGUGAUGGUUUACAUGAUUUAAACGUGCAGUGCUUUUGGCAGCAGAACGGAGGCACAUACUGGGUGCGAUACAUUCAAUUCGAGCUGACCCCAAUAGAGAUUACAGGAUCCAACGAUAUGGAAAUUAAUGUAGGUGACUACGUUCGCGUGAAACAAACAGUGCAAACACCAAAGUUCAAAUGGGGUUCAGUAACCCAUGAAAGCAUUGGCAAAGUGUUAGCAAUUACUAAUAAUGGGAAAGAAGUUAAGGUUGAUUUUCCUGAGCAAAGUGGGUGGAAUGGUGCGUUAGAUGAAGUGGAAAAAAUUCUCUCACGACAUCCUUCGAUUGAGGAGUGUUUUACAACGCAAAAUACUCAUGAACACGAUUUUGUUAGUUAUGAAGAUCCAAGUUCGGAACCUGUUGCUGCUCAUCGUCGUGAUCCACAUCGUAAUAAGAAGAAAAAUACAAAUACGGUAUAUCGCGCUUGGAAUGAUUGUGUUCGUAGUGUUUCGGUGUCAUCUAAUAGUAUUCAGGCAAAAUGUUUAUAUGAUGAUAAAGAAUCUACAUUUUGGCAGUCAUCUGGAAAACAAGGAAAGCACUGGAUACUAUUGGAAUUAAAUGCAAAUCUGCUUAUUCAUCAGCUAUCUAUUGAUAUCAAGCCGUCAGAUAGCAGCUAUAUGCCUUCUGUUGUAGUUGUAUCUGGUGGAAAUAGCAUGAUGAAUUUAAAGCCUCUUAAUACAAUUAAAGUUGGAGCACACGAUUUACGGAUUACAUUACUAGAAAACCAGUCGGAGGAAAUGAAACUUAUUGAGAUUGCUAUUCGCCAUUGUAAAUGUAAUGGAAUCGAUUGUAGAGUACAUUCUAUCAACAUUGCCUGCAUUCCUAACACCUGUGAACAAGUAGCCGUCACGGAUAAUUUUGAAUACUUAGCUGUUAGAUCUUCACAUAGAUCAGAUGAUACCUUAAGGAAUGAAAAUAAAGGCACAGGUAUCGAUAAUACCGAUAUUGAUUCGCGAGUGUUCGUGUGGGGCUUAAAUGAUAAAGGCCAGCUAGGUGGCUGCAAAGGUUCUAAGGUUAAAUCUCCUACUGAAAUGAAGAAUAUAGCUGCUUUGCGGCCUGUAUCUAUAGCUGGGGGAUCUAAAACUGUUUUUAUAGUCACAUAUGAUGGCAAGGUUUACGUAUCUGGAGAAGGCGCAAAUGGACGCUUAGGUUUGGGUAACACAGAAAAUAUCUCUAUACCUGUACAGUUAGAUACCUUGAACAUGCAUUUUGUAAAGAAAGUCACAGUGCAUCCUGGUGGGCGUCAUAGUCUCUGUAUAACACGGGAAGGUAAAGUAUUUUCAUGGGGAGAAGGCAUCGAUGGCAAGCUUGGCCAUGGCGAUGUAACGUCUCGCUUGUCUCCAACUUUAAUAGAAGCGUUAGAAUCAAAAUUAAUAGUUGAAAUUGCGUGCGGCAGUUCGCAUAGUGCAGCGGUAACUGCCGAUGGUGAACUGUAUACAUGGGGGUUGGGAGAUUACGGUCGCUUAGGACAUGGAGAUAGCAAGACUUUACAUAUACCCAAGCAGGUAAAAGCAUUACAAGAUUAUAAGGUAAUUGAUAUUGCCUGCGGUAGUAGAGAUGCGCAGACGUUAGCUCUGACUGAUAACAACUGCGUUUGGUCAUGGGGAGAUGGUGACUUCGGCAAACUAGGACGAGGAGGAAGUGAAGGAUGUAACAUACCCCAAAAAAUUGACGCCUUAUGCGGACGGGAUGUUUGUAGGAUUGCGUGUGGUGCACAGUUUUCAUUGGCAUUGUCGACAACGGGUAAAGUUUGGACUUGGGGUAAAGGAGAUUACUAUCGAUUAGGGCAUGGAAAUGAUUCACAUUAUCGGUCUCCUCAACUAAUUGAGGGUCCACUUAAAAAGAAAAGAAUUACGGAAAUUGCUGUUGGUGCUUUACAUUGUUUAGCUGUUACUGAUACUGGAGAGGUGUAUUCAUGGGGUGACAAUGACCAUGGUCAACAAGGGAAUGGUAAUACUACUGUAAAUAAAAGGCCCCAGAUUUGCUUGGGAGAACUUGAUGGAGUCAAAAUAUCGCACAUAGCUUGUGGUUCUUCACACAGUAUUGCUUGGUGUGGUAACUUGCAGUUAACUGUUUCAUAUGUGCCGGUUCCGAUGCUAAGUGUUAAAGAUCCUCUAGGUUCAAGUUUCAUGAAGGAUAACGAAAUCAUGGCUAUCGAAAAAAAUAAGUCAGAAUCUAGUAUUGAUAACCGUCCUUCGUUGUCAAAGAUACUCAUAUCCAAGACUGCAAAAGAACAGAUAGAGUCCUUGAGAUUACUAUUGCGAUCCCUUCAAAUCUUUUUUGCACGUGAUGCUGUUGUUGAAGCGUUAUCUGAUUCUAGCAUUCAUACGAGUAGUUUGCUACAUUAUGAACCCGGUAGUUCAAACCUGGCAGAAACCAGAAUAUCAAGUGAUCUUGAUGAUUUUAUUAAAUGUAUGAAUAAGCAGAAUCUCCGUAAGCUGGUCGAAUUACUCAGAUUGGCCGCUGUAGGUCGUACUGGUAGCCGUGGUAAAGAAACCAUCUCGAACCUACUAUCAACAUUGUGGCGCAGCUACUUAGGAAUGUCAAGUUCGUUAUUGGAUAUGUGCGUUCAUGAAUUAGAAAGAGUUGUAGAAAAUGCAAAAUCGAGAGAUGUCCUAAUCAAACCUAUUCAUCAAGAAAGUGAUCAUCCAUAUCAAGCAAAUUGUAAUACCUCAGCUAUCGUCAGAAUAACGGGCGCUGACUUGCUUCGAGUUGAAUUUGAUCGUCGUUGCGGCACUGAUAGCCGUCAUGAUCUCCUGACAAUCUUGGACCAAAACGAUAAUAUUCUUUCUGCGAGAUCGGGACGAGAUGGAAAUGACUGGCUAUCUGAACUGAGAGUUCCUGGAGAUACUCUUAAAUGGAAGUUUGUCAGUGGAACUUCCGUUAGUGGCUGGGGAUGGCGAUUUGUAGUCAGUCCUGUAAUUGAAUCAAAUAUUCCGAAAGUUUCGGUACCAGAUGAAACUAUUAUAAGGCAGCCUUCGUUUGAGCUAGUUCGAUGCCUCUUUCGCUAUCAAUUAAUUGAGAAGACUGCUAACAUUGUACAAAUCAAAGAAAUAAUGAAGCUACUUGCAGCUUGCAUAAAGUUUAAUACCCUUACUACGGCUCAGAGAACUUGGGCGAUAAAGCAAUUACGAGAACUUAUACAUUUGAUUAAGAAUGAUCGUACCAGUAACUUGCACACGGAUAAUGCCUCUAAUGGUUACUUUAUGAAAUUGCUUAAUGAUAGCAAUAGUCCCCUUCGUCCAUUAUUAUCUUAUCUGCCGGUGGCUCUACUUUCCCAGUAUACCUAUGAGGAUACACUCAUUAAGAGUGGGAAGCAGCUCACUCAUAGUGUUUUUUUCAAAUCCUUAGUAUUACUUGGAUGUGAUCUAACAUUUGAUAAGAAAAUUUCGGAAGAGGAUCAGGAGUGGUCAUGGUUUCGUUGCUUUUGUAAAGCCCAUCGCGUAGGAUUAAACAUAAUUCGAAGGGAACCAAUUCCAGAAAUGUUUUUAAAAGAAGUCAGGUCUAAAAUUUCCGAAUCUUAUUCUGAAUCUGAAGCUGAUAUUUCCAAUUUGCACGAAGAUCAUAAGGUGUUUUCAGGCGAACAAGACAGAGAAUUACUGCAAUGGUUAUACAGCCGACCAGACGACUGGAGCCUAUUAUGGGGAAGUAAUCACAAAUUUUAUGUAUGGGGUCAUAACCACAGAGGUCAGCUAGGUGGUGUGCAGGGUACUAAAGUAAAAUCUCCUGUAAUUAACGAUAUCAUCGCAGCUUUAAGACCGACAGCUGUAGCAGGCGGUGAGCAAACACUGUUUAUAUUGACAAGUGAAGGAAAGGUUUACGCAUCUGGAUUAGGUGGUAGUGGCCGCCUCGGAAUUGGUAGAAGUGAUAACAUCGUUACUCCAGUGAUAAUCGAACCUUUACAGCAUCUUAAAAUUGAGAAACUAUCCGUUCAUUCUGGCGGGCGACACGCGAUGGUAUUAACGUCUAACUUCGAAGUUUUCUCGUGGGGUGAUGGUGAAGAUGGGAAAUUAGGCCAUGGAGAUAAAUUAUCAUCUGAAACGCCUCGAAAAAUUGAAGCACUAUUAGGGAAGCAGAUUGUGCACAUUAGUUGCGGAAGUUCACAUAGUGCUGCCAUAACGUCUAAAGGGGAGUUAUAUACGUGGGGUAAGGGUCGUUAUGGUCGAUUAGGACAUGGUGAUGGCGAUGAUUGUCUGAAACCAAAGCUACUAGAGGCAUUGAAGAGCUAUAAGGUUAUUGAUGUAGCUUGCGGUAGUGGUGAUGCUCAGACACUUGCUAUUACCGACGAUGAUUGUGUUUGGUCGUGGGGAGAUGGCGAUUACGGAAAGUUGGGUCGCGGUGGUAGUGAUGGAUGCAAGAAACCUCUUCGCAUUGAAUCGCUAAUUGGGAUGGCUGUGUGUAAGGUCGAAUGCGGCUCGCAGUUUUCCGUAGCUCUUACAAAGAAUGGCGAUUUGUAUACAUGGGGGAAAGGCGAUUACUAUCGAUUAGGCCAUGGCACUAAUGAUCAUGUACGUCGCCCUCGCAAGGUUGCUUGUUUACAAGGUAAACAAAUCGUAACUGUUGCUGCCGGAUCAUUGCAUUGUGUUGCAUGCACGGAUGCUGGUGAAGUCUUUACGUGGGGAGACAACGAUGAAGGACAACUAGGAAAUGGCACUUUGAACCCAAUACCGGAGCCAACUCUUGUUACGGUCCUAGAGAAUGUGAAGCUUAACCGAGUAGGAUGUGGUUCUGCACAUAGUUUUGCCUGGUCGACAGAAGCCCCUAUUGAUAUUGGAUACAUGCCAAAUCAAAUCCCUGUUGAAUUUAAUCAUUUGCACCAUUUACCACUGCCCGCUUUACGAAAUCGUUUAAUAUUACUUCAUCGGUUUUCUAGUUUAGUAGCGCCAGUUAUCAAUAUGUUUAAUCUGUGUCAAGAGGCAAGUAAUGACAUUACUUGCAUAACAUUAGAUGCUUUGAAAGAUAUUUUGGUAUCAACCGUCAAGGAAAAUAUCUUCAAUAAGAUUAUUCAAGCUACUAUGAUUAGGGAUAGGCAGCAUGGUCAAACUAUAGAAUUAAAUAGAAUACAGGUUAAACGUUUCAAUGGAAAAAAUAAGACCAGCGGUAACUACGAUAGUUCUGUAUUUUACCAAGUUAGUACUGCAAUAUGUGCCUCAAAUUCAGAUAAUCUAUUGCUACCUCAUCGAGUAUGGAAAGUUAAAUUUGUCGGUGAAAGUGUCGAUGACUGUGGUGGUGGGUAUUCCGAAUCUAUUGCUGAAAUAUGUGAUGAAUUACAAAAUGGAUUGCUUCCUAUCCUUAUUCCAACUCCCAAUGGACGCGAUGAAGCCGGUGUCAAUCGAGAUUGUUUUAUAAUUAAUCCAGAAGUACGUCCAUCUCAAUCGCACCAAUUCAUGGGUACUUUAAUUGGAAUCGCAAUACGUACCGGGAGUCCAUUGAGUCUGAACAUAGCCCAACCAUUUUGGAAACAGUUAACCGGACGCCUAUUAUCGCUUAGUGAUAUCACAGAAAUUGAUAAAGACUAUGUGCCUGGGUUGUUGUGGAUUCGUGAUGCUAACCCUGAAGAGUUUGAAAUAUUCGCUUGUAAGGAACCAACGUUUAGUACUCCAAGUGCUAGUGGUAAAGAAAUGCAUCUUUCCGGUGAACAUUCGCGAGUUACUUUAGAAAAUAGACAUGAAUACGUUGCUAAAGCAUUAAAUUAUCGUUUGCAUGAGUUUGAUGAUCAUAUUGAUGCCAUCAGAGAAGGCAUGUCCAAGGUUAUACCGGUUCCGUUGUUGUCUUUAUUUACUGGACAAGAACUAGAGCGUAUGGUUUGUGGAAAUCCGGAAAUACCUAUAGAUUUACUGAAAUCGGUAUCAACUUUUAAAGGGGUUAAAAGUGAUUCACCAAUAGUGCAAUGGUUCUGGGAAGUAUUAGAAGGUUUUUCCAGUUAUGAGCGUUCGUUAUUUCUACGCUUUGUUUGGGGUAGAACCAGAUUACCACGUACUAUAGCAGACUUUCGUGGUCGUGAUUUUGUACUUCAGGUAUUAGAUAAGUAUUCUCCACCUGAUGAUUUCUUGCCAGAAUCGUAUACGUGCUUCUUCUUACUUAAAAUUCCGCGAUAUUCAUCCAAAGAAGUUUUACGUGAAAAAUUGAAAUACGCAAUUUACUUUUGUAAGUCUAUCGAUACUGAUGAUUACGCAAGAAUUGCCCUAAAUGUCGACAUGACAAUGGAAGAUGAUCUAAUUUAA